AUGGCAAACAGGAUAUCACAAUAUACCAUGACAUCAAGGGACGGCGACAGUCAAAAUGGCGAGCCCAAGAGGAACUUGUGGACUUCAAUGCUAGAGUCAGUGGCCAGCGGCAAGAGAUUACCGGAAAAGAACCUUUUGGUCUUGGGAGGCACCCCGGAAUCGCAACGGGAGUUUCUGGACUCGCUGUCAGGAUCCGAACCGAGGCGCAACUUUGACCGGCAAAAGAUCCCCCCGAUUGCGAACAACUACGCCCUGGGUUAUACUUAUUAUGAUGUCCUCGACGCGGAUCAAGAUGACACACUUGCUCGAGUUUCUCUCUAUCUUCUUUCCCAGCCCUCGGGCGAGUUCUCUUCGCUCAUCGCCCCCUUACUUACGCCCGAGACGAUACCAAACACUGCACUGGUAAUACUGCUAGACUGGUCGCACCCGCAUUUGUGGCUGCGUCAAAUCUGGACAUGGCUGCAAGUGUUCCAGGAAGUUCUAGAGCACCUGAGCAGAGAUGUGCAAACCGAGAUGGAAGAGGUCAUGAACAAUUGGAAAGAGAGGGGAAGGGGAGGCUCGUCGGUCAACCUGGAUGGCACUCCAUCCGCCACCGUCGCCAAUGGUGAUAGCAAUGCCGGCUCACUGCCGCUUGGGCCCGGCGAAUGGACUGAGCCUCUUGGGCUACCGUUGUGUGUUGUGUGUCAAAACAGCAAAGGAUGGAAAGAACCGGACUUUGACGGAGUGCUACAGAACUUGCGAACAGUCCUGCUGAGACACGGCGCUUCACUCAUAUACACAUCACAAAGCACCGCAUCUCAACUCCCUAUUCUCAUACACUCAACUCUCGGCAUCACUUCUCUUUUGAAACGCCAACCCCUGAAACAUAACGUCAUCGACCGAGAUAAGAUUGUAGUUCCCCCAAACUGGGAUUCUUGGGGCAAGAUUAGAGUUCUGGGUGGCUCGUUCGACACGGAAAAGGUCUCACAGUACUGGUCCGAGGACAUCAAGAUUCCCCUCGGGGCCCCUCCUCCAACUCUGGCCCUGCCCGACCCCGAAGACGACGACGACGACGGCUCAAACCAACUGCCUCAAGUUGAGAGCGCCAUUGCACUCUACGAAGACUGGUGCAGAGAUCCGAAUAGUGGAGGACUCGCCCUCGUGGAGAACGCCAUGAACGACGGCACGGAAGUGGCUGUUGAAAGUGAAGACACCCAGGACUUUCUUGAACGGCAGCUCAAGAUUCUGGAGGCGUACAAGUCAAAAGCACCGGAGAAAUCGACAGACAGUGCUGUUUCUAGCUCGACGAAGAGACUCGACUACGAUGAAAAGACUGUUAAUGAGCAUAUCGGUCCCGUGCAGUUCAAUAUGGGCGGCAUUCAAGUUGACGCUGACGAUAUGCUGCAGCGCCUUAAGGACCGCAAUGCACACAUCGCAGCUGACGUUCCCUCCUCCGAGCCAGAAGGCGCAGUCAGUAACAUAGCCAAGGACUUUGACAAUGAACAGCUACACGAUUUCUUCUCGGGCCUGAUGAACAAAACAGCCCGCUGA